CCUCCGCGACGCUUAAGACGGCUAGAGCGAGAGGUGGCGACGGCUCGGCUACUGCAGCGUUUUUCGGCAGGCGAGCCUGGCAGGGCUCCAGAGAGCGGCUGGUUGGUUGUUUGUCGGAUCCGUCCCCUCAUCUCUGUCGAGCUCGGAAAGCGGCUGACUGCCACUGCAAAGCAUCCAGGGGGAUGUAGUUGCGUGCCCGCCCGGCAGCCUCCGCUCCCCUGAGCACGCCCCGCCUUCCGUGCGCCAAGGAUCCACAGACAGAGAGCUCCAAGCCGCCGCGCCAAAGCGUCUGGCUUAGCGUAGCCAACCGGCGGGAGAAGGAGGAGAAGUGCGCAGGAGACCGUCGCCCCCUCCCCACUGCACGGAGAGCUGCGGCCGAGAAGCGCCAAGGCUGAGCCUCGGGGAAGGGAGCUUCUCGACCGCGUAACAGGUGCCCGGGGGAUGCCUCGCCCGCCAGCCCGAGCUAGGGCCAGGGGCGGCGGUGGCAGCAGCAGUAGCAGCAGCAGCAGCGAGGCAUCCGUGGCUGCAGACAGAAGCAGCGACGCAAAAUGAGUACCGGAACAGCUUCUCAACCACAGGCUGUGCACAGCCAUUUGGAGAAGCAAUCUGGUGCUGGAAUCCUCUGCCACAACUGUGGAAAUCCAUGCAAAGGAGAAGUGCUAAGAGUGCAGAAGAAAUAUUUUCAUAUCAAGUGUUUUGUUUGCAAAGCAUGCGGAUGUGACUUGGCUCAAGGGGGAUUUUUUGUGAGGCAGGGAGACUACAUCUGUACUUUGGACUAUCAGCGACUGUAUGGCACACGGUGCUUCAGCUGUGAUGAGUUUAUUGAGGGAGAAGUUGUUUCAGCACUGGGGAAAACCUAUCACCCAAACUGUUUUGUGUGUGUGGCUUGCAGGCAGCCUUUUCCUCCUGGGGAUCGUGUAACUUUCAAUGGGAAAGACUGUGUUUGUCAGAAAUGUUCUCUGCCACCUACUGGUAGCAACAGCAAUUUCCCAGUCCUUCGAAAUUGUGGGGACUGUGGCUCUGAAAUAAAAAAUGGGCAGUCUUUGGUUGCAUUGGACAAACACUGGCAUUUGACCUGUUUUAAAUGCAAGAUAUGUGGCAAACUUCUGAAUGCCGAAUACAUCAGCAAAGAUGGUGUUCCAUACUGUGAAAUGGACUAUCAUGCUAAAUUUGGAAUAAGAUGUGAUAACUGUGAAAAGUACAUCACAGGAAGAGUUCUGGAAGCAGGAGAAAAACAUUACCACCCAACUUGUGCACGAUGUGUCAAGUGCACUCAGAUGUUUGCAGAAGGAGAAGAAAUGUAUCUACAAGGGACUUCCAUUUGGCAUCCAGCCUGUAGACAGGCAGCCAAAGCUGAGGAAAAGGCCAAGUUGCAGGAAACUAGAACAUCAUCUGAGAGCAUAAUUUCAGUACCAGCUUCAAAUACUUCAGGUUCCCCAAGUCGAGUGAUUUAUGCAAAACUUGGAGAUGAAAUCCUUGAUUACCGGGAUUUGGCUGCCCUUCCUAAGAAUAAGGCCAUCUAUAACAUAGACCGUCCAGAUAUGAUCUCUUAUUCUCCAUAUAUCAGCUAUUCAUCAGAUGACAGGCGCAGUUAUGGGGAGGGUGACCAAGAUGACCAGUCUGUCAAACAGUACAGAAUAUCAAGUCCUAGUUCUACUGGCUCACUUGGCUAUGGUCGCAAUACCCCAACCUGCCAUUCACCUCAGAAUUACAGCAGACCAGCUGGUACUCAGACUCUUGGUACCAGUAGCUGCAUCUCCCUGCCCCAACACACAAGCCUUACAUCUACAUUCAGACAUCAUUACAUCCCUUUCUUCAAAGGCAGUGAAAGUGGUCGGAGCACUCCAAGUUUAUCCAUGUACUCAGACAGCAAAUCUUCACCAUCUCUCUAUCAGCAAGCACCUAGGCAUUUCCAUGUUCCAGACACUGGAGUAAAAGAUAACAUCUAUAGGAAACCCCCCAUCUACAGACAGCAUGGAUCAAGAAAAUCAGAUGGUGACAGUGGGAGCUACGAUCAAGACAGCAGGAAGCUAAAGUCAAGUUGGCUGACUUUGAAAGAGGAUAUGGAUGCCAGAACUAAAUCUCCUGAUCUAGAUACUCAGUCACUCCCGCAAAGUCCUGGAACUGACAAAGAGCUCCAGCGGUUGUGCAACAGUGCAAACAAUACCUACCCACGAUUUCCUUAUUCCAAAUCUGCUUCUCUUCCUGACUAUGGAAAGAAUGGGUUACACCAUGCUGCAAAUAUGACCCAAUAUGACAUGGAGCAGGAUUCUACUUGGGGAAGGAGAGAAUACAAGAUCUAUCCAUAUGAAACACUUAUCGUAACAAACAGAGUUCGGGUGAAACUACCAAAAGAUGUGGAUAGAACCAGACUGGAGCGGCACCUGUCCCCCGAAGAGUUCAAAGAAGUCUUCAAAAUGAACAUUGAACAAUAUGAUCGGCUUGCACUUUGGAAACGAAAUGAGCUAAAGAAAAAGGCACUGCUCUUCUAGCCUCUCACAGACACACAGAAAUGUGCUUAAUGAAAAUGAACUUGCCACCAUACCUUAUCAUAUGCACUUGCUGUUAACCCUUUAGAGGGCUUCAUUGUGUUAGUGUGGAAGACUGAAGCAAAGAGAGAGAGAAAACGUGGCACUGUAAUGGAGCACAGGCCUUCUGCUAGAUUUGCGUGACCUAGGCUCAUUAACGUCUGGGUCUCUAAAGAAUAUAACAAAUCUUGCAUUAAAUUAAUGAUUGCUUUCGCUGUUGCUUGUUGAAAAAAGUGAUUUUAAAUAGGAAGGAAAUCUGUAAUUUUGACCAGAAAAAACAAACACCUGCCAUUUUGUUUCUGUUUUGCACUAGUAAGCAAAACUUGUACAAAAUCAAAACAUAGAUGGAAAAAUAUCUUUCCUAGAAGAAAAAUGUGCUACUUGGAAGCAAAUGUGAUAAAGGCCAAAGAAAAGCAUGUCAGAAAGUCACUCUUGCAAAUAUAUGUGUGUGACAUCUUUUUAGGAAUAAAAGCAAACCUAUCUAAAGCACUUUAAGUCUCAUUCUCUCACUUAAAUACAAGCUACUGUUCAAAGGCAAACUAGCAACUGAAAAAUCGCUAUCAAAACUUUUAUUUUAGUAACAAUAGAUUGUAAUAUUGUGUGUUCGGACAUCCAGGCAGUUCAAGCUACAGCCCAUUUUAGAUGAAGCACUGGAGUUAAAAUGCUUGAAUGAUGUACUUGAGCAGGACAAAACUAUCUUAAAUCGCAGUACUUUGGGUUAACUCUGCUGUAGAACAAGUAAAAAUUCCAUUGUCGCUUCAUAAAGAUAAUUAAAUUCAAUGUGGAAACGUGAUAAGGCUGUGCAAUGCUGACUGUGUAUUUCUAUUUUUUCUACAUUUCACUCUGGUACAACGAAUGUGUAACUAAUAUUGAUUCUAUGCACACACUGGUGUUCACAUUAAAAAUAUUGUUUUGUAACUAAAUGUUA